GCGCAACAAACUUUCCAACCUCAGAAGCGUCACUCGCAAGAGUUGGAGCGACAACGAUCAGUCAAUCCUCUAAUGCUAAUUAGAGUGAAACUGCAAGUAAAUUCCACGUCAAAAUAGUUUGAAAGCGUCCAGACAACCAUGGAGUCCCAACUACUUUGGAGUAAAACCAUGUUGUUUUGGUGCUGUUGGCUUGUGCUGUCCUCAAGUGGAGUUACUGGGAAGACGUCCCAUGCCCCUUCCUCACUGAGCAUUUCUACACCUCACCUUUUCUGGACCUGUCCGGAAGGGGCAACUUUCGCACCCGACUGCGCUCAGACAGGCGCCCCCUUGGCCCCCUCUGACGUCUUAAAACACGUCUGGCUUUUCACGCCACAUAGCGACCAACACUGCUCGGGACGGUUAGGCCCACGUCACAUGACGUAUGGUCGUCCACAUGGAAACCACAGCUUGCCACCAGGGUUCAAAUUUGGAUAUACGAAGAACAACCUCUGGAUGGCUCUGCAGAAUGUGACCAUGGUUGACCAGGGUCGGUACUGCUGCAUGGUCCUGGACUUUCAGCAAGACCAUAAACAUCCAAACCUUGUGCAGAGUUCCCACAGUCAUGUUAUACUCCAUGUGACACCACGAAGAAAUGGAUCUCAAGAAUGUACCGUCAUAGAUUCCGCAUUACCUGGAGGGGCUGUGCCAGUGGCCCUGGCCAUCGCGGCCUGCAUCUUGGGUUUGCUUUCGCUGCCCGUUAUUCUGCUUCUCGUCUACAGGCAGAGACAGAACAACCGUUCCAACAGACGUGCACAAGAACUGGUGAGGAUGGACAGUGAAGCUCAGGGCCAUGAGAACCCAGUGUUUCUUAGGGAGUCACCACGAGCGAAGACCCGGACUGUUGCUCAAAUUAUGACAAGGCAGUCCUCGGGGACAGGCCACCAUCUGUUAUCUGAACCAGGAACCCCCAUGACUCCUUCUUCACAUGGGGAUGUUUUCUUCCCACUGGAAGACACCAUCCCUGAGUCUCCAGACAACCUCCUGCUUUAAAGAGGGGAGGAAAGAGCUUUGCAACUUUUUCGUUUUCUUCAGUGUGUCCCCAGAGCAACGUUUCCCUCGGUCUGUCUCACAAUUGCUGGGACUGUCGUCUACGCACUGUUUGGUCUGUAUGAGGUAACGGACAGACUGCAUCUUGAUUUCCAACACUGCUUGCUGCACUUGCAAAAGCUGGAGGACAUAGAUAAGCCGUGAUUCGGAAAUUCUUGCGCUGCGGCUAGGUCAAGGGUACGUGUGCGGGCAUCGAACUGACUACUGCUGUGGCAGGGUUCUACUGUUUGAGACUGUGGAGUGUUGAGGGCUUUGUGAAAGGGUUCUGUCAGAAGGAUAACAAAAUGUACAAAACAAUUUUUUUUUUUUUUAACUUGCCAAUUUAGUCCAUGCAGGACAUGAACAGUUUUCAGCAGGGAAUUUGUAGUACUGGCAGUUGCUGAGGAAGGUGAUUGAGAAUGAAGAGUUGGUGAGAACUGAUCCCACACCAGAUGCAUGACAGUUUUUUUUUUUAACUGCUACACCACAAUGCAUGUCUAGAUAUCGCAGGCUUUUAAUUUUUUUUUUCCCAGAUGGAAAAAAAUCACAGCGUGAUUUCUAUAAUGAAAGACUUAAAAAUAAUAUUUAAUUAUUGUUUCAUGCAAAGAUCAUGUUGAAAGAUUACGCUCAGGAAGAGUAUUUCUUAACUGGGAUACCAGCCGGCCCUAGUAAAUCUGCUGUAUUUAUCUAAUGAGUAAUAACAAAACUUGCAUUCACCAUGGGGAGUUUAGUUUUUGUUUCCUUUGCUCCUGAUCAGGUGAGUCAACCUGAAGUGAAAAAAACAUGGAUGUCCUAAAGCGCUGCAUGCUUCCUCACAGGUCUCACUUUCAUUUCAGUCAACUUUGAGUUCUGCUCUAAAAAUCUAUAUUCCUCCCAAGUCAGAAUAGUCAGCAAUUUGCAGUGGAUAAUAAAUCCACAUUGUGAUAUAUCCACAUUCAUUUCAGCACAUCCAGACCUCAGUGUUCUAUUUUUAUUAAAAUCAUGUAUAUAACUAGGCCAGAUUCCUUAUUAAAAACAAUGUAACACAUUUAAUCACUGCUGUGUUUGUACAGUUUGUCUUUGGUGAUGGAUUUUAUUUUUGCUUUUUAUGUUGGAAUUUGAGCUUUGAGUUGUUUGAGAAUAGCUUGACUGUGUGGUUAAACGACAGCGGAGAGGUAAUGUACCUAUUGGGGGUCGUGAGAAAGAGUUGGUUUCUCAUUUUUAGUGGUCAGUGGCUAUUUUGCUGCAAGUUUCUUAAAACAGGGUAUUGUGUAUAUACUGUAUUGUAUGUGUGUACUUUAUUUUCUUUUAAAUGUAUGUGGCCCAAGAAGAUUUUUAUGCAAAUUUGCCUUAGUGUGAGUGAAAACCUAUUGUUCUGUAUAUUGUCCUCAAAUUAUACAGAUUGAAGCUUAACUAAUAAUAAUAAUAAAAAUGGAGCAGUACCACCUUUA